AUGCGGACGACUCCUCAAGAUACCUUCAACUCGCCGCCACCGAGACGGAUCCGCCGGCGGUCACCUACCCAUCAUGGAGCUUUGUUCGCUACAGCCGUCGCCCCAUCGGAUGCUGACAGCUUUGCCUCAGUUCCGCCCUACUGGACGCCUGCCGAGGACGCCUCCUUUGCGGACGUCUACCGUGAACCAUCCAUCUAUAGCGAGAGCUCCUGGCUCCAAAGCCAUGGUAUCAGUCAGGUAGACCAGCGAUCUGGAAAGCCUUUACCCAUUAGCGAUCCAUUUCGGUUCAACAUCUUUCAGCCUACCUCGUCGCUUGCGCAGGCCCCUCCUCCCCCAGCCCUGAGCACAGUGUCCAGUAUCACCCACUCGUCGCCUUCAAUUGUCUCCCAGCCGUCGUCUGCUGGCUCUGGGGUAUCACCCACACAAACUGAUUUUCCGUAUGAAUGGCCGACAACAAAGACUGCUUCGACAAUCUGGUCCACCCCGGGUGCCACGAAAAGGUCUACCGACUUGAAUGGCUUUACCGGCAGGGCUCAAAGCCGCUUUAUCUGCUUGGGUCGUCAAUGCGACGAAACCUUUGACCAAGAAAAAGACUUGGCUUACCAUUUCAAGACGGUCCACACUUACACCUGCAACUGGGCAGGCUGCGAACAACCCAGCUUUUCUUCAAAAGACGGUCUCACAUGGCACGUCAAGCUGGAGCACCUCCUCAUCUGCCCAGCCCCCGGAUGUACCGAGAGCUCAUUCCAGACCAAGCAGAUACUUGAGAGUCAUAUAAGAUGUGCUCAUCCAGAUGCCGAGGUCAACGACAAGGGGAAAGCUAAGGAGCCACUUUCGAAGUCGAAACCUCUCGCCCAAAUCAUGACUACGCCAUCCUCGUCUCACGAGACCAGCAGUGUCCCAGCAUCAUCCCAGAAAAAAAACCUGGAGGAACGAGCCAUAAAGCAGAUACUAUCCGUAACGGUAUCCAAGAAGAAGUGCCGAGAGAAGUUGAGGGAUGUCGUGGAGAAAAAGUAUAGAAGACAGAGGGGAGACAAAGGUCAAACUCCUCUCGCAGCCGACAGCCCAAGUGAUUUGCCCAGACCUCACACAUCACAUUUGAUCAACAAUGCGAAUUUUGCUAUAGUGUGGGAGCAUGCAGUUCUACCGUUCCUCUCCGAGUUCAUCCCAAAAUGGUGCGGCCCCAGGCACAUCCUCGCCGCCACUCGCAAUAAAUCACUAGGCACGUGGCAAAUCCGCAUCACGGUUGGAGACGAGUUGCCCUCGCGAGCUCGCAAAAUCAUCAUUGCAGCACAUGUCAGAGACCUAUUACCCGAGAGCCAUCGGGCCGGCGUCAAGUUUCUGUUCGUCAAGGGCUCUAUUGACCGUCUUGUCUGGGCGAGAGGGUUGAGCAAGGAGAUGCCUGACGAAAUCUGCAUGGCCAAGAACCCAUACUACUUCAAAGACCCGUGCAUGGGCGAUAGCAUUGGUAUCGAAGGCGAUGCAGAUUUCGAAGAGAGUACAUCGACAUUAGGACCCUGCCUAGUAAUUGGUGGCGGCAGCUACUGGCUUGCCAACUUCCAUCCCUUCGUGGAAGCAUACCAGCGCUUAGCAUCAGUCAGCGUCCAACACCCGUCACCAAGCGACCGAGGCCGUUGCAUAGAAGAAAGGCACGACACAUUACCCGAUACAGACUUUGCUCUAGGUAGCCUCACCGCCACCUCGGGAAUUGACCUGAAGACGACUCGCAUAUCUCAUCAUCCGUAUUGGGAAGACUGCGACAAGGAGCCCCCUCUUGUCGCGACUGAUUGGGUUCUCAUCGCCUCCAAGACCCGUCAGGCCAACAUCCUCCGUCGCUUCCCCUCGGAGAGCAUGCCUCUUCUCAAGGAGACCCCAGUCAAGACGACCAGCGCCGUCGUGCCAGGGGCCACUGUGUUCUCGACGGGCCGAACAUCUGGCCAGCAAAGAGGUGAGGUCUGCGAGAUCCCAGACUACGUUAGCGCCGAGAUGAACGGCACUGGCAAGGCUACACGCGAGUGGUUCAUCGAAGAGCCGUGCCCUUACGACGACGAAGAAGGGUGGAUCCGCGGAGGCAUUGGCGUGGAGGGCGACAGCGGCGCCGCCAUUGUUGACGCCGAGACCAACACCUUGGUCGGCCAGCUUUGGGGCCGCAACAGAUACUGGGGCAGCGGUUCCCGCAUAACCUAUUUCACCCCUAUCGGCGAUCUGUUUGAUGAUAUUCAGGAGAGAUGUGACCAGCAAGCUCGACCCCAGCUCCCGCAGUAUCGGGAUGAAUCAGAAUGUUACCCGGUAUACCCCACUUGUCGACAAUGCUACGACCUGCGGACGUACCUCGAUAGCCGGCGGAGUUCCCGAGAGUCACUUCGAUCCAUGAUCGGGCGCAACGAAAGCGAUCACGGAGACAUGACCUCAAUCGGUGGAACAUCAGAGCUGGCGACACCAAAUGACCACGCAUUUUGGACUCGGGCCUCCGGCGUCGAGGAAGUCGGCACCUCAUUCACCAGCAUAAUGUCACCGUCCGCCGCUCACCCGUUCUGCUUCACUCCACAGCCCGGCACUCCAGGCAUCGUUGACGUCAAAAGCCCAUACGCCCUGACCCUAAGCGCAGAGGAUCUUUACGACGACGCCGCCUUCACACGCACGACCGAAAGCGGCCCCAGCAAGCGAGCAGCCGCAGUCCCACUAAUGCGCAGUUCAAGUCAAAAUGCCAAGAGGCAAAGGUUGCAUUGA